AUGGAGCUAGCCAAUGGGACCAUAGUCCAGGAGUUCAUUUUGCUGGGCUUUGGAGAGGGACAGCAGAAGCGGUUCCUGCUCCUCGUCUUUCUCACUCUCCUCUAUGUCCUCACUUUGACCGAGAACAUCACUAUUAUUUCACUGGUGCAUUUAGAUGACCAUUUGGCCCAGCUGCCCAUGUACAUCCUGCUGAGCAACUUCUCCUGGCUAGAGAUAUGUUAUGUGACCACCACUGUGCCACGGAUGCUCUUCGACCUGGCAUACUCCCAUACAACUAUCUCUUUCCAUGCCUGCUUCCUCCAGUUCUACAUCUUCUUCUCUCUCAGCGGCACUGAAUGUUUCUUCCUCUCAUCAAUGGCUUUAGAUCGAUACUUGGCCAUCUGCCACCCACUGCGCUAUCCACAACUGAUGUCCCAAGAGGCCUGCUAUGCUCUCGUGGCUGGUUCUUGGGUCCUUGGCUUCCUGUGGCACAUUAUGUCUGUGACUUUGAUCUCCAAGUUGUCCUUCUGUGGACCCAAUGUCAUUGAGCACCUGUUGUGCGAUCCUGGACCAAUUUUGUCACUAGCUUGCCCUCCUCUUGGAAUUGCUCCCAUUGUCUGUCAGAUUUCUAUGAAUACUGUAGUACUUGGCAAUUUCUGUUUUGUUGUGCUAUCCUAUGGUAUUGUGAUUUGCACCCUGAUUAAAAAAUCUAGCCAAGGUGGUCGUAGGAAAGCCUUUUCCACCAUAUCUUUCCACCUAGUGGUGGUCACACUUUUCUACGGCUCCAUGGCUGGGGUUUAUUUAACUCCAGAUGGAGAAAGUCUGUCCGAUAUUACUAAGGCAGCAACGCUCUUCUACACUGCUGUUACUCCCUUUCUGAACCCUUUGAUCUACUGUCUGAGGAAUGAUCAGGUGAAGAAGGCAAUGGGCAGGUCGUGGAAAAGAAAAAUAGGAAGGCAAAAGAGAAAGGAGACUGUAAAUAAAUCAGAGGACAGAAGUAAGAAAAAUAAAACAAACACCCAACUGUGCUGUCAGAGUUAGAAUGAUGUCUUUGCUGUUGGACACCAGGGAUGCUUCCUGGUAUGGCAAAAAAACCUAAAGAGUUAAAAUCAGGGACGAGUUUCUUGGCUGCUGGGUCCCACCAUAUUUUCAACAUUUUCUGCUUGCUCUGAAUAACAAAAUUCAAGGCACAAGGGUUGUCUGGGUAAAUCCUUUUGGAGUAUAUACAGU